AUGGAGACAUUAGUGACGCUCAGUGAAUGACUUUGGAGUAAAGCUUUAAACAGCUAAGUUGGAAUUUAUUUGGAGGGCGCAAUGCGUCAACUUCUCAUGCUUAUGUUACAAACAGCUCGCGCGCGGACGGUUGCGGUCGCGAAACAUUGACCUCUGAAAUCUCAUCCACUUCCGUUUAAACUCUUCUCAAAAGCUAUCGUCAGCGUACGAGAAGUUAUUCUUCGUCAACUCAACCUUGUUUCAACAGGUAGUCAACUCUUCUAGCCAUGAAGAAAGCCACUUUACUGUGCUUUACGACGCUUGCUACCUUGGCAGUUCUAUUUGAUUUUUCCGAAGGUGCUAAGGAUUUUUUUUCCAUUUUGGACCGUGAAACGGCAGAGUAUUUAUCCAAGAACGACGCCAAAAACCGUCAUCGAAGCAGUUCUGGUGCGGUUUCAGCGCCCAGAAAUAACAAGUACUUGGAAGCUUCAAUGCAGAUCAUCAGAGGUAUGGCUGAGGCAAAGGCGACGGCAAGAGGAAGGCGAGGGAGAAGUAUGAACUUGGAUUCUACCAUUAAAAAAGCUUUCAAGAACAAAGAGAUCCCGAAGGCGCGACAGAUGAUUGGUCACAUGUUUGAGUGCCACUGUCCGCCGGAGCAAGGGAAAUGCCGGAGAGUAGACCUGCCACGCCAUUGCAGGAAGAAGAACAAACAGCAUCAGAACGUUUUUAAGAAACUCCGAAAAGUUCUUAGCAAGAAAGAAUUUGACAUUCUGUUGGGAAUCACCGGCGAUGUAUCGCUUAUUUUCGUCAUUGACACUACUGGAAGUAUGGGAGACGAGAUCGAAGCCGCAAAGACAAUUGCGAAAGCCAUCGCAGCCCAUCCGAGGGAUUCUUCAGUUGAUUUUAUCCUGUCACCUUUCAGUGAUCCAAGUAACUCUACAGCCUGGGAAAACUCGUAUAGUGGUUCUGAUGAACAGUCGUUCGUGCAAGCUCUGGACCAAUUAGCGGCUAUGGGAGGUGGAGACUGCCCCGAGUUAACCUUUAACGGGAUCAUCGACGCCAUAGAGAAGGGAAACCCCCAUGUCGGCUCACCCAUGUUCGUAUUCACUGAUGCUGGUGCCAAAGACGGUGAAAGGCCUAAGUACACCCAAGACAAUUCUGUUGGCCUCGCCCUGCAGUACAUGAUACCUGUAAACUUCUUCUAUAGUACCGAAUCUGGGCGCUGUGGAUCCUUCCACGACCACGACAGUCUCAUUGACCUCAUGGACAGUACUGGAGGCUUUGGAAUGCAGUUCAACUCCUCCGGACAGAUCUCAAAAAUGGGUGGUGUUGUAUCUGCAGCUUUGGACGGGACAGCAACUAUCCACGAGGGCCGAUCAAAUUUGGGAGUGGCACGAUCGUUACGUUCCUCCCCACGUCGCAACUCCAACGCGAGGAGGACGUACGCAAUUCCAGUUGACGACACUGUUGAAUCGUUAAUUGUUACAUACUUCACCUCAUCUGCAGCCAAUCUGGUCGAGCUUCGCACUCCUGAUGGGGUUCCUCAGCCUCGAACGGCAAACCUUACCCAGGGAGGGUUGUGGAUGAUCGAGAACCCCACCCUAGGGAUAUGGGAGCUGUUUGUACCAGCUUCGGUCGGGACGCAUUCUUUCAAGGUCAAAGCAACCAGUAGGUUGAACUUGGAAUUCGAUUUCUUCUUCCUGCGAAGAAAGAGGCUCGGAAGGGAGUGGUACGAGUAUCCAAUUGAUUACCCGUUAUUAAGUCAAAGGUCAACCCUAAGCCUCGUAAUUCCACUGCAGAAACGCUUAGACCUUUCUUCCCUCAAACUGUCUCUCGUUGAUGGAUCAGGACGCGUCAUUCAGAAUGCCAACCUAGCCACAUCUAGUCUGGUUGGUACAUUUGUCCCCCCCGCUGUGCCCUUCAAACUCAAGCUGUCUGGAACAACAGUGGCUGGUCGAACUUUCCAAAGGAUCUCUCGUAAAUUCAUAAACGCGAAAAACCUUUUGCUACAGCUGCAAAGCACCCCGCGGUAUGAUACCUUGGAGUGUGGCAAAACCUUACGACUACAUUUCGUGAUCGACUAUAACGGCGCAGCAGGCGAAGUAUUUGAUAUUAUGGCAAUCUCGACCCUUGAGGAUCCCAACACUUCGGCAAAAGCAAUUGAGGUAAAAUACAGCAAGACGGUGCAAAAUGUUUGGGCUGGUAAUAGAGUUUUCCUGACCGUACAUCUGAAGACACCUUUGGAUGUCACAGAAAAUAUCGGCAGAUGGGACACCAUUCAAGUCAUGGUGAAGAAGAGUCCGGUUACAAGUGAAGCUGAUGUUGCAUACUUCACCGAGCACUUCAAAAUUACAUGCUCCGAUGAAGAAGUCGAACCUUAAAGAGACAACGUAAAACGCGAAACAUUUCUGGUAGUAAGAGUACUUUUCAUUUAGGUGUCAAAAGCAUUUGAGUAAUUUUCAAUUAAGUGUCGAACGUAAUCUGGGAUUUCUUUGUUUUUGCCUUACCUUGUUACAUGAUUGGUCCAGAAAACUCGUGGCACUUUCUUAGCCAAUUAGGUCGCGACUUGGUGACUCGCGUUUUCCCGCGCUUCGGGUAGUUUGCUUGGUUUUUCUCAUUGGCUCCUCGUGGCUUUUUCCUUUCCAUGAUUGGCUACUGUGAUUGCUUUCGUUUUUAAUUCAUGGCACUUAAUCGAAAGGCGCUCCUUGCGACCGGGUAAUUUGUUCUUGCUUCACGGCGUUCUGUUGUGGCUCACUGAGAAAAGCCCCCGCGCCUCCCUCUUUAACAGCCAAAGUCAAUACUAAAACCAAUCGCAGUCGCAUUUACAUGUUUUUGUUCAUGUUAUAAUCAUCUUUCCCUUUUCAAGGCUAUAUUAAUUCCAAUGGUUUUGCUUGCACGAUGCUCAUUCAAAAUGCGCUUAAAAAACUCCGGGUUUGAAAUGAUUUGUGUAGUUGCUACUGAAGUUGCCACGAUUUAGGGUGUUGUUAAAACAAUAGGUGUGGAGGCGCGGUGGCCUCAUGGUUGGUGCGCUCGACUCCGGAUCGAGUGGUCCAGGUUCGAGCCCCGGCCGG